AUGCUCCGCCCACCCUGGCUUCGAAGAUGGCUUCGACUCACACUCGUACUGAUCGUGUUGAGCGUCUGCGUACACAUCUUACAGCGAUGGUGGGAGGCAUCUCGUCACACCGAUCUCGAUUCCGUCGCCGGUUUCCAAUCACACAGAGAUCAAGAAACGCGCUUCACGGCUUUCAACAUCGCCGAGUUUCAGCAAUCAUCUCUGUAUCAGGAACAAAACCAGUACCUUGGACCUCGACGGCCGAUCCAGCCUGCGCAUCCACUCGUCCGCACCCUCACGACCUGCACGAGCGGCACCUUCAACCCCGUCACUCGCCACAUUCGUCUUCCCAACGACCUGUACAACGUCACCUUGACGCCUCCCGACGCACCUCACGACGACCGGGCGCGCUUCUUCAAUCCCGCCAUCUUACCUUUACCGUAUUGGUCCUCGGCCUCGGCGGCCGCGCGCGGUGCCAGAUACGUUCUCAUAUCUCGUCUCGUCACCGCGGGUCUGCAUCAAGAGUCGCACAUUUGUCUUGCCGACAUUUGCGUUCCCUUGCUGACAUCACAAACAUCCACGUCUGAGACUGCUACUGAUGAUUACAGCAGCCACUUGCCUUUGGCCACCGCCAAUGACAACGACACCUCCACCACCCACGACGACAACCACCAGUGGACUGCACCGAUCCGUCCGCGACGAGCCCAAGGCGGUGGUCGUCGUCCUCCAGCGGAUACACGACCCUGCACUGACUCCGACGCGAGACUCUUCGGUUCCCGAGGCGGUCUGCGCUGCCUCACAACGCCCGUCAAGAUCAACAUCCCACCCACGCCGGCCGAACGGUGCGACGACGUGUGGUCUGCAUUUCCCGACCUUCCAGGCUUCCAUGACCCGCGCGCAUUCUGGUCGGGAAAGGGCGAGCCCUUGAUCCUGGUCAACUCGGCGAGUCAAUACGGAUGUGCCGGGCUGUGGAUGGUGGAUCUGCGGACGGUAUUUCCAGACAUCGAAAAGGUGCUGAACAGGGGGAAAAGGAUCAUGGGACAGGUGACGAGUUACCCGCACCUCACCGAGAUCACGAGAAACCCAAGAAAGAGCCGUGCGAGCGUGGAGAAGAACUGGGUCUUGUGGUUUCCCGGUCGUGAUGAGGCGUACAUACAGUAUGAAUUGCUCGGGAAGCCCGAGGAUGGUAGAAGCAAUCAUCCUUUGACCCUUGCAAAUGUCGACAUAAUUGAAUUAGGAAUAGGGAUCAACACUACCAACCUAAACACUUACACAAACACUCGCAUCGAUGGACAUUUCAAGAUCAGUGCGUCAGGGGCCAGGAGUGUCGACAAUAAAAGGACAAGACUCGAACAAGGACGCACGUUCGCCAAACUCAUUGGCCACGGUCUCACGAGCACGAACCUUACACAUGUCGACGAAAUGCCUUGUUUCGGGCCAGAGGAUAUCAUCGACGGACUGGGAAAUCGCGGCCAUUGGCAUCAGGGCUCCAAUUCCCUUCGUCUGAUACUUUGUACGCGUGCACAGGCAAGGAGAGGCGAGUGUGAACAAGACGCCACGGUUGAAGAUGGGCGUUCUGUGCACUUCGCAAUUGUGCAUCGGAAGUUCACCAAUGAUAUGAAAUUGCCGAUGCGAUACGAAAGGUAUGUCGUUGUAUGGGAGAGUCGAGCCCCGUUCCAAAUGCUAGCAGUGAGCAAGUGGCCACUGUUAAUGAGCAAUGAACGUGCACAUCCAUGGACGGUCGAACAAAAUUGGCCUAGUAUGAAGAGCGGAUGGAACGCAUCAGGGUCGUUCAUGUGGAUGAACGAAAAGAGGACGCACGCUGGUAGGAACAGUGACAGUACCAGUACCAGGGCACAAGAAUUCGAGAACAGUGCCUACUUCAUGUAUACACCGAGUCUCGCGUGGGCUUGGAGGCCACAUUCCGUGUUGGUCGGCGAGGAACUGGAAGAGGAUGGGGACAUUGAGACCAUGUCUGAACUCGGCACAGGAUAUCUGGGUGAUGAUGUGCUUAUGGGCAUUGGCCUGGAUGAUGUGAAUCAGGCUUUUGCUAGAAUCAACGUGGAUGACCUCUUACGGUGUAUGAGAAUCUGUCCAGGAGUCAGGUUCAAAGAACCACACUCUUGAAAUGCAAAUACCUCAUACAUAUCUUGUUGAGCUUGUGCAACAAUCGAUGAACGUCUCGACCCUCAGAUUAGCUCUCUUAAGUUCUCAUGGACUGCCAGAAACAGGGAUGAUUGCAGAGGCAAUGCAUCGAACCCAUAACGGCUGUCUUUG